AUGAUCGUCGCCAUGGCUGAUGAGAUUGUGGAAGCACAUGCACCUCAAAGUGUUGACCUUCCACAGGAGCUUCGCGAGCAGGGUGUGGCGAGGAUGCGCCGCGCGCACCUGGCCUCCCAAUGUCUCGAGUGCCAGAAACAGAUCCUGCCUGGGGAUGAGAUUUACCCCGUUGAAGGUCGCCCGGGCUUGAAGCGUAGCUCCCUUUGCUGGCUUCACCUCCCGUGCGCACAGCGCUUGGGCCCUCCUCCUGUGCCGCUGUGUAAGCACUUCGUACGCUCCGGAUGCUGCCUCUACGGUGAAGACUGCUUCUUCGCUCAUCCCCCGGAGGCUGGCCAGGAGGCGCUCCAAAGGAAACGAUCUCGAGCACAGCGUCCAAACACCAAGAUCGCAAAUCGAGGGGAAGGACGGCGGAAUGGGGUGAAGAACUACAGCAAAGCAUCGGUAUUGCGAAGGUGGCUUCUGGACACUUUCGGCGUGCAGUGCUUGCGUGCCGGCAGCGGCGUUUUGGACGUUGCUGGCGGGAAGGGCGAGCUGGCCUGGGAGUUGGUAAAUCUGAAUCUAAUCCCUGCGGUCGUACUGGAGCCAAGACUUCUGGAGCUCCAGUCUGUCGAACGCAAAUGGCGCAAUGGCAUAUUCUGGCGCAACCCAAUUUUUCACAGCCAUCUCCACUGUGCCCACGACUCUUCAAUCUCACCUUGUCGACCGGGACACCUGCGCUUGAUCAUCACGCCUGCACUGGUCACUUGGCUUAGUUGCCUUCAGAGUCAGCCAGGCGAAGAUAACGACGGCCUCGUGGGCAACCUGGGGAACUUGAGCGCCUUUGAGCACGCCCGUGAGAGAGCCCAAGAUCUCCGCUGGACACGAAAAGGGCUCCAAACACAUGAGGAAGACGACGCUCUGGGGGAGCACAUAGAGAUGGAGGAUGACGCCAUCAUGGAAGCUGCCUUGGCAGAUGGGUCGACAGAUCCAGAGAAGUGGGUAGCAUAUGAGGAGGAUCUCGAAUGUGGACGGCUCGCAGCAGAAGCUAAGGAGAGUAUUCUCAACUGCAGCGCCGUCGUGGCUUUGCAUCCGGACCAAGCAGCGGAACCGGCCCUUCGCUUGGCACUGGCCUUGCGAAAGCCCUGUGCCAUCGUGCCCUGCUGCGUCUACUCGGCAGAAUUUCCGAAGCGCAAGCUGCGUAGCGGCCGGCCGGUCAGGACUUACGAGGAACUUCUGGAAUACCUUCAACAGCUGGAUGAGCGCAUUCAGCGAGUGGAUUUGGACUUCGAGGGAAAACGUGCCAUGGCUGAUGGGCUCUGUCAGUUGCCGCGAAAGAACGAACGAACAAACACGGGGACACACACACACAUACAUGCACAUACAUACAUACAUGCGCAUACAUACAUAUACAUACACACACAAACACAAUUUUUCGCAUUUCGCAUUUCGUGGCAAUGA